AUGAUUGCCUCUAACAAGAACUCUAUAAUUCGUUUACUUCUUCAAAAAUUUCACACUCGCCCAAUAUAUCGUUUUGAUGAUACUGGUUUUGUUUAUUAUCAAAAUGAUAAUAUCACAAAGAAAAGUAACCAAACAAUUCUAUAUCAACAACAACAUCAGUUUUUCGAUAACCUUGUAACUUUUCAUCCAGUUAAUCGUGUCAAUAAUAAUACAUAUACAAACAUCAUUGAUCCAAAAUUUCACUUUUUUCUUUCUAUUGCUAAAAAAACUACAACAUCUAUUAAUCAUGUUGAUCAUCGUGUUUUCCCUCGAGUUCUAUUAUUAAAAUUGCUUGCUGCUGCCUUAAAACAUAAUAAUUCAUCGAUUAUUAAAAAUAAAAUUCAAUCAUUUCGAGCUCGAUCUGUACUGGAAAAAGCAAUUAUAAAAGGUGCAAAACAAAAUCUUCAAGGUUUUACAACAAAAGCAACUAACAAUAAUGGUCUUCAAUAUCAACAACGUAUUUUAGACGAUUUUUACAAUCAACAACAAUUAAGAACAUUUGAUCAAAAUACGAAUGAGAGAAAUGCUACAGAUAUUCAUUUAAAUAUGAAUUCAGUUUUGAAAAAACGAAAACCACGAACUGAAGAGGAUAAUAGUUCAUCGAAAAUAUUUAAUAAUAUGAUUUUCGUACGAGAUGCACCUGUAAAUCAAGAAAAUUUUAAUCAGUAUUAA